AUGAAGAGUCUACUAGCAAGUUUCAUUCUUUUCGGAUUACUUUUCCACGUCGCAUUUUCGGGAAUUAUUGGUGGUUUCGGAGGAGGAGGAGGUGGUUUUGGUGGAUUCGGUCACGGUUUAGAAAGUUUCGGUGGUUUUGGUGGAUUCGGUCACGGUUUAGAAGGAGGAGGAGGUGGCGGAGGAGGUGGUAAAAAAAUAAUAAUUGUGAAAGACCUUGGUGGAUUAGGAGGCGGUUUUGGUGGUGGUAGUGGUGGAUUUGGAGGAGGUUUUGGUCAUGGAUUUGGCGGUGGAUUUGGCGGUGGAUUUGGAGGAGGAGGUGGUGGUUUAAAAUUAAAAGAAGCCUUCAUCAUCAAAAGUUUUCCAGUGAUUAAAUAUCAUUACGUUCCGAUAGUUAAAAUUACGAAGUCAUAUAAAUUAGGAUAA